GUUUAUUGGAAGUUUGGACAUAAUUGCUUUCCAACACUGCCGCCAUUCAAAGGCGCAAUUUUCUUAAAAUCAUGCCACCGAAACGUGCCAAAAAACCGGCGAAGCCGGCACCUGUGGAGGAUGUAGCUGAUGAUCUAGAUCCCUCGCAACCAGUGCUUUACGUGGAGCACUGCCGAUCCUGACGCGUCUUUGGGCGUCGAGCGGAGGAGCUUCACGCUGCCCUCCGGGAGCGUGGUCUCCGGCAGCUGCAACUCCGCCUAAAUGCAGCCGGGGCACCACGCCGAGGCGCCUUCGAGUUGAGUUUGGACGCGGGACGGGGAACGCAGGAGCAGGUGCCGCUUUGGUCGGGUCUAAAGCGAGGGCCACCGCGUGCUCUCAAGUUUCCCACUGUGGACGAUGUAUACGAUCGGAUCAAUGCGAUUCUGGGUGUGGAGCAGCAGAACACGGAUCUUUCCAAUGAGCAUGACCCUCAGGAUGGUGAAUCCCAAAAGAAUCAGAAAUCCAAGGAUCCAUCCUUGCAGGAGUCAGUUAAAAUCGAUUUAAAGGAGGAUACGGCUUUAUCCAAAAAGAAGGAGCCAGCUAAAUCCGAAUCGAAGGAGGUUGUGAAACAGAAAUCCGAGGAGGAGCCACCCAAAAUCGAUUUAAAGAAGCAAGAGAAGGAAAAACCAUCCAAGGAGUUGCCCAAAACCAAGAGCAAGAGACAGCCAAAAACCCAGAGGAAGCCGGCAAAAACCGACAAAACCCAAAAGGAUAACAGUGAGGAGCAGCCACAUACAAGCCAGAAACGCAAGCGACCCACCAGAUCGUCCACAGAUGAAUCUUCAAGCAGUCCCAAACGCAGGAAGUAGUUGUUUUCCAGAGAAAAUCGUCCAGCAAUAGAGCCUGAUGAACGAUGGUUGGUAAAUCCUCUCGAGGAACCGACCAUUGAGAAUACCCUUUGCCUUUGCUGGGUGCAAUUUAUGUUUGCCAAAACAACAAGAAAAACACUGCGCAUUUGUUAUUACAAAAUAUAUUAAAACAUCUUAGAAACCUA